AUGUGGUGGAGCCUGCUGAUCGCAGCUGCAACUGCCGCUGAUUUGAGGAGCUUUGGGAUCUUCGAGCGCGCGGAGGUCUCGGACCUGCACGAGCACGGCCUGCUGCCGGAGAGCCACGUGGCCAACCUCCGGCUCCGAUCCGUCUUCCAUGUACAUCGCAACAGCGGCCGCUCGGGUGCUGAUGGUCGCGGAAAAGAGAGGAGCAGAUGGAGGCUGAGCAGGACUCAAGUCCCAGAUGACUUCCACAGUCGUCAACUGGAUGACUCCGUCAGCAACGCACACCGCGGCAGACUCCUCAGCUACAAGUCCUGGUCCCUGACCAAGGCCUCCCAGACCGCCUUCGCCUUCCGCACGCCCAGGGACAAGGUGCUGUCCAUCGCCGCGCUGCUGGCGGCCACAGUGCCACUGGCGGCCUACAACGUCACAUGGCACUAUGAGCAGUGGAAGGGAAUGUACGACAACGGCACCAGCUUGUACCUGCAGUGGUGCGACAACACCACCACCUCCAACUGCUACACGCUGUCGAAUGACACCAAAGGUGAGAAACUGGUGGAAUUGGACAAGGCGGUUCUGACUGCGAGUCGGACAGCGAUCAAAGCAACCGCGGGCACUGCCUACAAGUCGGACAACUUCCUGGGGGCGCGGCAGUCCGGCUGUGCUCAAACCGGCACCACGGGCGAGCGCUGCUUCGGAGACGAAGGCGUCGCCAUGUCCGUGUACGAGGAUGAUGCCUCCCUGAUCCUUGUCUUCCAGGCGGGGCUGGGGGACUCGGACCUGCAGAACUUGCUGUGGCAGAACAAGGCCUGGAUCGUGGAGUCCUUUGAGGAUUCCAUGAUCGAGCAGUGGACGCUGAAGGCUCAGCAGCCGGCCACCGCGGAGAUGAGCUUCAGGAAGGCGGAGCAAACCUACGAGUUCCCGAUAAGGUGCGGAUUCCUGAACCAGACCUACUCCCCCUUCGUAAACAAGGAAGCCGUGUCGGCCGCCUCGGGCGUGGGCAUGACGGAACUGGAAUCCGCGGGCAUGUGGCCCCUCAUCAAGCUGAUCACGCGCACAGUCCUGGCCGAAGGGGCGCAGACCACCAAGACGGUGUACUUGGCCGGCACGGGGCUGGGAGGCGCCCAGGCGGCGCUGGUGAGCAUGUGGCUGAAGAAGAACGAGGACAAGGCCUACGACACGUACCUGAUCGCGGCCCCAGGCUUCCAGUGCAUCGCAAGGUCUUACCUGCAGGACCUGACGCCCUCGGCGGAGCACACCCAGCUCAAAGUCUACACCCACGUCAUGGACGCGCUUGCAGGCUCUGUCGACCGGUAUAGUGGCACUGUGUGCUACUUCGGCUUACGGAACUUUACAUCUGCAGAGCCCUUCUUCGCACCUUGGCGCGGCAUCGAGUGCAACGGCUGCCAAUGGAGGGUCCUCUACGCAUGA